AUGAAAUUGUUAAAUUUGUUGUAUGCUACCUUUAUUUGGUCGUUUGCAUAUUGUCAUUACAUUCAGCGUGAAUCGACUCCAGAAGUCGUCUCAGGAAUCACUACUGUUACAACUGGCCUGGGUCUUUCUACAACCUUAACCUCAGAAUGUGCUUUUGCUACUCAUUCUGGUAGCAUCAAUGGGAAACGUUUCAAAGCUGCUUAUGAAAUUUCUGGUGAAACUACCACUAGUGUGGUUGCUGCUAUUCCAUUCAGAAAUCGUGAACUUACGGUUACUUGGCUUUUCACUUUUGAUGAGCCAUUGGAUGCUAAUGAUUUCAAAGUUCGUCAAUUAGGUGUUGAUAUCAGCUCAAUCGAUGGUUAUGUUAAUUUGGAAGAAGGCUCGUUCCUUGUUACUUAUCAAGUAACUUUGCCGUUUAUUACCUAUUUAACCUCUGCUAUUGAUUACUGCUUGUUUGAAUAUGUUGCUUUUGAUUUCCACAAAGUUGACUCUGCUGGAAAUGACUUCUUUUACUUGCUAUACACCGAUAACUUGGGCUCUGCAUUAGUUGACGGUCUAAGAGGCGCUGUUUGUGAUAUUUUUACUGCUACAAAUUGUCCUAUUUAUCAAGCUCAGCUACCAUUUGAUUGUGAAGCAUUUAAAAAGCUCACUAGAUGUGAUGGCCAUACCACUAGAACUAUUCAACCUUCUGGUGUCUCAUCAACUAAGAAACUACCAACUGCCUCUGUCACCUCACAUACCACCACCAUAUCAUCAAGAUCAGUCGCCAAAGAUGUCACAACAGCUCUUCCAGCGAAGCCAUUAGCUACAACUCCAUCCGUCGUUUCUGGUAUCACCACUGUCACUACAUCACUAUUUGCUGAGGAGACAUACACCUCUCAAUGUAAAUACAGUGCUCAAACUGGUUCUAUCAACGGUAAACACUACAAAGCUGCUUAUGAAAUUUCUGGAAAAACAGAAACUGAGAUUGUUGCUGGUCUUCCAUUCCAUAAUCGUAUUUUAACAGUUACAUGGUUCUUUGAGUUUGAUAAAUCAAUUGAUGCUAAAUCAUUCAGAGUUCGCCAAUUAGGAUUUGAUAUUUCCGCCAUUAGUGGCACAGUUAAUUUGGAACAAGGUGCAUUUGUUGUUUCAUAUGAAGUCAAGAUUCCGUUGAUCACUUAUCUAGCUACUGCAAUUAACUAUUGUUUGUUUGAAUAUGUUGCUUUUGAUUUCCACAAAGUUGACUCUGCUGGUAAUGAUUUCUUUUAUUUGCUGUACACUGAUAAUUUAGGCUCUGCAUUGGUUGAUGGAUUGAGAGAAACUAUUUGUGAUGUUUUCACUGAAACAUAUUGUCCUUUAUAUCAAUCCCAAUUGGCUUUUGACUGUGAUGCUUUUAAGAGAUUUGAUAAGUGUGAUGCUGUCACCACUAUUACCCUAGGCUCACCGGCUUCGUCUGCUACAUCACAAAUUGAUCAAGUCACAUCAAGCAAUACGUUGGCAAUUUCUAGUGGAUCCCCUGUGGCACAUGGUGACUCCACUUCCGAAGCAUCAAGUAUUUUGGUAACAUCUGGCUCAACAACAGCCACUAUUGCUUCAACUACUCCAGACGUUGUUUCUGGUAUUACUACAGUCACUACAUCGGUUGGAAUCUCAGGUACAUUUACCUCUGAAUGUGAUUUUGAAACAGAGACUGGCUCUAUAAAUGGAAAAAAGUAUAAAGCUGCUUAUGCUAUUUCUGGUGAAACAACUACAAGUACCGUUGCAGGGAUCCAUUUUCACAAUCGUGUGUUAACUGUCAUUUGGUUUUUUCAGUUUGAUAAGCCUUUAGAUGCUAAUGAUUUCAAAGUUCGUCAACUUGGGAUUGAUAUUUCUUCAAUUGAUGGUGAAGUUAAUUUGGAACAAGGUGCUUUUGUUGUGUCGUAUCAGGUUACAUUACCAUUCAUUACUUAUUUGACAUCAGCUUUGAACUAUUGCUUGCUAGAAUACGUUGCGUUUGAUUUUCAUAAAGUUGAUUCAUCGGGGAACGAUUUUUAUUACUUAUUAUACACCGAUAAUUUGGGCUCUGCUUUAGUGGAUGGAUUAAGAGAAACUGUUUGUGAUCUUGUUACUUUGACCAAUUGCCCGUUAUACCAAGCUCAACUUGCAUUUGACUGUGAUGCUUUCAAAGAUUUCCAAUCCUGUCAUGGUGCUACAACGUUUCCUGGGUUGCCAACUUCAAGCUCUUCAACUGUGAGAAUCACAAGCUCAUCAAGCUCCACAAAAUCAUCAUCAAGUUUCGUUGCUUCUUCAUCAAGCGCAAAAACAUCUGUGUCGAUCUCGAUCCACUCAAGUGAUUUUGUUAGAACCAAUUCCUUAUCAUCAGCAGCUUCAUCAUCUUUUGUUUCUUCUCCAGCCUCAAUGUCAUCGGGUCAAUCAUCUUCUUUGGGAUUAUCAACGGGAUCCACAAGCAUUAAGGCUUCAACUCUAAGCUCAAGCUCACUUUCAUCAACUAUGCCUAACUCAUCCUCAUCCUUAUCCUCAUCCUCAUCACCAGCAACAUCUAGGUUAGUCAGUUCAUCCUCUUCAUUAACCAGAUCAGCCUCUGCCGUCUCUUCAAUGUCAUCAUCAACCACAUUUUCUUCUGUUUCAUUGAUUUCCACAAGUUCAAGAAUAUUAUCAAUUGGAUCAUUAUCAAGUCAUCUCAACCAUGAUUCAAGUACUGUGUCUUCUUCAACAUACAGAGAGUCAGCAUCCCAAUCCUCCUCAUCUUCUUUACCAAGUACAUCAAACAGCAUGGUGACUUCCAGUUGUCUUGUCAGCUUUUCAAGAGAAUUAGCUUCAUCAUCUUCAUCGUCCUCGAAAUUGUCAGUUGGUUUAGCAAGUGAUACCUCUGCGUCCACAUCUAGUGGUUCUACUAGUGAAGGUGCUUCCACAACUUCUUCUGCCUUCUCCAGUAACACAGAUUCAUACCAAUACCUCACCUCAUCAACAUCAUAUGUCUCCUAUAUUGCUUCAGUUUCUUCAUCAUCAACUUUAUCAGCACCAUUCCCAUUUACCAACUCAUCUUCAACAUUCAAUACUCAUGUUCAAGGAUCUAGCUCUGCUACAUCUAUCUCAACUACUCUUUCCGGUGAUGUUCAUUUAUCAAGUGCUGCCAGCUUAACCUCUUCAACGCCAGGUACUAGCUCGACUGCAUCAAGUCUUACCUUUGGUGCUCAUUCAUCUAAGAAUACCAAUGUUAUCAGCUCAUCUUCAACUGCAGUUUAUGAAUCAGUAUCUACCAACUUACCAUCAUCAUCAUCAUCAUCAUCCAACGCUUUGGAAACUUCUGCCUUGAAUAGUCCUGGUUCAACAAGUACUGAUAUUUUACCCUCAUCAUCAAUUCCUGAUGAGUUUCCCUUAACUGGAACUAAUGCUCAUGGAUCUAUAGCUACAAGCACUGAUAAAUCAAGAGAUACUGCUGAUUCUACUAUGAAAUCUUCAUCCGGUACAAACUUUGCUAUAAGUUCACCACUUUCGGCUUCAUCUGGAAUAUUGAGUUACAUUACAAGCACUGACUCAGCUGGUAAUAUUGAAACAGGUGCUGUCAAGGAUGUUACUAAAACGGGUUCCGCUGGUGAAACUUAUCAUGCCUCAACAACUGUUUUUAGUUCCUCAAAAGCUUAUUCCACAUCAACUGGUUCAAGUGGUUCAGAUGUUAGCAACAGCAGUAAUAAAGAUGACGGGAAGGCCAACAAUGGUAAUUCAAACUCAAGCUCUCAAGACGGUAUUAGCUCCCCAAAUUCAAGCUCAGCUUCAGGAUAUCAUGAUCAUAAGUCUUCCAGCUCCGGUUCAAACACUAAUACUGCUGGAGGUUCUAUCGCAGGGUCUCAAAAUGAUCAUCAUGGUGUUUCCAAUUCAGGAUCAGGUUCCUCUAAUAUUGCUCAUACUUUAUCUUCAAUCCCAUUAUCACAAGUUGCCGUUUCCUUUUCUAGUUCAGGAUCAGAAUCUUCCAAUAGCAAUGAUAAGUAUGGCUCCUCAAAUGCUUCAAUUGAUAGAGAAACUUUAACUUCUACAACAGUUCAAGUCACUAAAUUUCAGAUUGCUUCAGACACAUCACCUUCAAAGUUACAAGACUCAAGCACUACACCAUUAGUUUCUGAAUUUGAAGCAAAAGCUGUAUCUAAUGCUGGUAAUAUUUUUUUGGGUUUGAUAUCAUUUGUUUUGAUCUUAUUUAUUUGA